CUCCUAAUUUCUUAAAUUUACAUUGUGUCCUACCCAGCACUGACGCCUGCUGAGGAAAGAAACCUGCCCUUUCUCCCCCAGCUUCCCAGCUUCCCCGAGGUGCCAGGUGACGAUCUGCAAAAAGCAUUGUCUGGCCCUCAGGGCUUGACAGUUAAUGAUUUGUCGCACGAGCGGGGCGGAGGAGCCCGGGGACGCGAGCUAGCCGGCGAGCCAGUACAGCAGGAGAGCAAGGCAAGGCGCGGGCUGAGUCCUCGCUGUCCUCCCAGGCGCCGCCUCCUGUCAUCCGGGCCGGGGCACUUCGCGGGGUUCCGGGUACGCGAGUCUCAUAGGGACCCCAUGGAGGCCGAGUCGCCGGCGAGCGAAGGGGUCGCGGAGCCCCAGGCGCUGGGCACCGUGGGCUCGAUCGGCAGCUUGCUGAGCAGGAUCCGAGGCAAACUCUUCACCUGGGAUAUUUUGAAGACCAUAGCUCUGGGCCAGAUGCUGUCCUUGUGUAUAUGUGGCACAGCCAUCACCAGCCAGUAUUUGGCGGAAAAGUACAGAGUGAACACGCCCAUGCUUCAGAGCUUCAUCAACUACUGCCUGCUGUUCCUGGUCUACACAGUGAUUCUGGCAUUUCAAUCUGGCAGUGGUAACCUUUUAGAGAUUUUAAGAAGAAAAUGGUGGAAAUACACUCUCCUGGGGCUUGCAGAUGUGGAAGCCAAUUAUCUGAUUGUUAGAGCAUACCAGUACACAACUCUGACCAGUGUCCAGCUCUUGGAUUGCUUUGGGAUCCCUGUGCUGAUGGCACUCUCCUGGUUUAUCCUCCGGGCAAGAUACAAAGUGAUCCACUUCAUUGCCGUGUUUGUCUGUCUGCUGGGUGUAGGGACCAUGGUUGGUGCGGACAUACUAGCAGGGAGAGAAGACAAUUCAGGGAGUGAUGUUCUGAUUGGUGACAUCUUGGUUCUGCUUGGGGCUUCCCUGUAUGCUGUGUCUAAUGUGUGUGAAGAGUACAUCGUGAAGAAGCUGAGCAGACAGGAGUUUUUAGGAAUGGUGGGCCUAUUUGGAACCAUUAUCAGCGGCAUACAGCUAUUGAUUGUGGAAUAUAAGGACAUUGCCAGGAUUCACUGGGACUGGAAAAUUGCCCUGCUGUUUGUGGCGUUUGCCCUCUGCAUGUUUUGCCUGUACAGCUUCAUGCCGUUGGUGAUUAAGGUCACCAGCGCCACUUCUGUCAACCUGGGCAUCCUGACAGCUGACCUCUACAGCCUUUUCUUUGGCCUUUUUCUCUUCGAGUAUAAGUUUUCAGGGCUCUACAUCCUGUCAUUCACGGUCAUCAUGGUAGGCUUCAUCUUGUACUGCUCCACCCCAACGCGCACGGCAGAGCCAGCGGAAAGCAGCGUGCCCCCUGUCACCAGCAUCGGGAUCGACAACUUGGGACUGAAGCUGGAGGAGAGCUGUCUCUCAGAGACCCACUCUGCAGUCUUGUAGUUGGACAAGCCACAGAUUCCCAUGUGGCACCAGGAGAGAGGGAGCAGAGCCUGCCACUGCCAAGGACGUAUCUGAGGAGACAUCAGCCCCAGAGCAAACACCCUCUGCAUCGGAUUGCAUCCAUGGUUAGAUUUUAGAAAGGAACACUGAGCAACAGUUCCAAACUAGAAAUACAAAAAUAGAGCAGAGCCCAAGGGUAGUGUUUCUGUGUAUUGAGUACCAGUACCUGUCAGUGUCAGAGAGACAUGUGCAGGCCCCUUGCUGGGGUCUCAGGGACACCUUGUAGGAAGGGACGGAGGGAUGGGGGACCUAGCCUCAGGGCUGUUCAGGUAGUUAGGAGUUGAGACAGUCUAGGAUGGUUGUGCAAUAAGAUUUCUUUGUUGGGAAUUGGGGAUUUAGCUCAGUGGUAGAGCACUUGCCUAGCUAGUGCAAGGUC